AUGAUAUUCCGAUUUCUUCUAGCUAUUGUCAUUCCUAUUGGAUGCGUCUCAGAAGUGGCUUCACAAGGUGAGAGUCUAUAUUGCCUAUUUUCACGCGCUAGUAAUUUGGACGACUGGGAGCACCUUGCGGACGAUGUUGCUAAUGGAGCGGUGAACGUGAAAAUGGCUGCUGGAAUGUCGUACAAGAUGCCUGUUCAGGACCUGACGUGUGCUCCAGCGGCAAUCGGGUGUUCCAACCGUCUCGAAACGGUUCCCCCACUUAUAUGUGCUGCUGCCGUCCGAGUAACUGUAAUCACAUUGAUCGUGUCGUCGUUGGUCCCUUUACAUUGGCAACGCAUCAACGAAACUCUCAAAAAGAGUAGUCGCGAAGAUGUUAAACAACGAGAUUCGCGAAUUGCGUUAUUGAUGUGGACUUCCUCCUUGCUCAGUGUGCUGAUUCUCCUGUUAGCCGCAAGACGAUACUAUCGAACGCAACGGCGAGAGCAGCCUGAAUCAACGGGUAUCCUGCGACGGGUGUCUAUCACAUCCGAAGCAGCAGUGCCCUGGUCACCAGUGGAGCUCCAGAAUCAAUCAGACGCAGCUGAGAAAGAACCGCUUAUUGAGAAUCACGACCCUUUGUUGGCAUCGUUACAGAUAGGAGAGCUAAUUGGCGGCGGACAUUUUGCUAAUGUCUAUCGGGCAUCAUCCAGCGUGGGCGAACUUGCUGUGAAGGUGUAUCAUUCGGAUCAGAAAACCUUUGAUAAUGAAUACGACAACCUUACACUUCUUCAGUCAUUGGAACAUCCGAACAUCAUACAGUUGAUCUACGCAGCUGUCGCUGAAAAGCGUCUGAUGCUACAGCUAUACGCUGGUUCUCUGCAUUCGCUUCUUGGAGGAAAGUUCGCUGAUUUCACCAAUUUCUUAGAUUGCGCCAUCGAUAUCACUGAGCGGACUACGCAUUCCUACUGUAUCAACAGUGGGGUUCCAAAGUCAGUGAUAGCGCAUCGUGACCUGAAUCCAAAUAAUAUUUUGUAUAGCCGGCACGGUAGUGCACGCAUACAGCUUUGUAUCGCCGAUUUUGGCCUGUCAAUUUCAUUUCCAGAAGGCCGAGCGGCGAAGAAUCUCGAACUUUUGACUGAGCGAGGUACCGUGCGCUACAUGGCCGUUGAACUCCUUGAAGGAUCGGUGAAUCUACUCGAUCCGAUGACGUCACUGCUACAGACAGACGUCUAUUCUUGUGCGCUAGUACUGUGGGAGCUUCUGUGGCGAUGUGCAGAUAUCUGGCCAGUUGGUGAUAUCCCAUCACAUCGAGUCGCUUUUGACAACCUGGUACCACGGAAUCCGCGACUGGAGCACAUGUACCAGGUGGUGGUCCGUGAGCGACGGCGUCCCGACAUACCACCUCCGAUUCAGAAGCAGAAAUCGCUGUCGAAUCCAACU